CACAGAAGUGUCAAAUAUCUGCCUGAGCUUCUCCUAUUUAUGAAGCCGCUUGUCUGAUAGAGUAAUUAGAUAAGGUUUUUGUUAACAGAUUACCCAACAAAGACAUUUUUGAACAGAAGCGCUGACAUCAAAUUUACAAUGGAGACUUCUGGAAGUUCGCAUAAGAAACAAAAACUGAGUAACGCGGCGGAGAAUUGGGGAAUGCAGAGAGCCACCAAUGUUACAUACCAAGCACACCAUGUAAGCCGAAACAAGCGUGGACAAGUGCUCGGAACAAGGGGAGGCUUCAGGGGAUGCACCGUCUGGCUGACAGGAUUGUCAGGGGCUGGGAAGACCACAGUUAGUAUGGCCAUGGAGGAGUAUCUGGUGUGUCAUGGCAUCCCCUGUUACACCCUGGAUGGAGAUAACAUUCGCCAAGGCCUGAACAAGAACUUGGGUUUCAGCCCAGAGGAUCGUGAGGAAAACAUCCGCCGGAUUGCAGAGGUGGCCCGUCUUUUUGCCGACGCCGGGCUGGUUUGCAUAGCAAGCUUUAUUUCACCAUACAGUAGGGAUCGUUCGAAUGCUAGAAAGAUCCAUGAAUCUGCCGGCCUGCCAUUCUUUGAGGUAUUUGUGGAUGCUCCACUCGAUGUGUGUGAACAGAGAGAUGUGAAAGGACUCUACAAAAGAGCCAGAGCUGGAGAGAUUAGAGGUUUCACAGGGAUAGACUCGGAGUAUGAGAGACCAGAAGCUCCAGAACUGGUACUGAAGACUGACUCAUGCAGUGUGAAUGAGUGCAUACAGCAAGUCGUUGACCUCCUACAAGAAAGGGACAUUGUGCCAGUGGAUGCUUCCUAUGAGGUGAAGGAGCUGUAUGUGCCGGAGAACAAGCUUGACCUGGCCAAGGCGGAUGCUGAAACGCUACCAGCUGUGCAAAUAAGCAAGGUUGACAUGCAGUGGGUUCAGGUCCUAGCAGAAGGCUGGGCUACUCCUCUAAAUGGGUUCAUGAGGGAGCGUGAAUACCUUCAGUGUCUUCAUUUUGAUUGCCUUUUGGAUGGUGGAGUCAUUAACCUGUCGGUGCCGGUGGUCCUGCCCGUCUCCGGCGAGGACAGGGACCGUCUGGACGGCUGCACCGCCUUCGCCCUGGCGUACGGCGGGCGCAGGGUGGCCAUCCUCCGCAACCCUGAGUUCUACGAGCACAGGAAGGAGGAGCGCUGCGCCAGACAGUGGGGCACCACCUGCAAGGACCACCCCUACAUCAAGAUGGUGAUGGAAAGUGGGGAUUGGCUGGUUGGGGGGGACCUCCAGGUUUUGGACCGGAUCUGCUGGAACGAUGGACUGGACCACUACCGCCUCACGCCCACCGAACUGAAGCAGAAAUUCAAAGAGAUGAACGCAGACGCAGUGUUCGCGUUCCAGCUGCGAAACCCGGUUCACAACGGUCACGCCCUACUCAUGCAGGACACGCACAAGCGUCUGACCGAGCGGGGCUACCGCAGGCCCGUGCUGCUGCUCCACCCGCUGGGCGGCUGGACCAAGGAUGACGACGUACCACUAGCGUGGCGCAUGAAGCAGCACGCCGCCGUGCUGGAGGAGGGCGUCCUGCGGCCUGACUCCACCAUCGUGGCCAUCUUCCCCUCGCCCAUGAUGUACGCCGGCCCCACCGAGGUGCAGUGGCACUGCAGAGCUCGCAUGGUUGCUGGGGCCAACUUCUACAUUGUGGGGCGUGACCCCGCAGGCAUGCCGCACCCCAACACGGGGAAGGACCUGUACGAGCCCACGCACGGGGCCAAGGUGCUCACCAUGGCGCCCGGGCUCAUCACCCUGGAGAUCGUGCCUUUCAAGGUCGCUGCGUACAACAAAGCCAAGAAGAGCAUGGACUUCUACGACCCAAAAAACCACCAAGACUUUGACUUCAUCUCAGGAACACGCAUGCGCAAAAUGGCCAGGGAGGGCCAGAAUCCUCCGGAAGGCUUCAUGGCACCCAAGGCCUGGACGGUGCUGAAAGAGUACUACAAGUCAUUGGAAAAGGCUUAAGCUGUGUUCAGCACAGAGAUUCUUAACGGUUAAUGACUCCAGCGGGACCACCCAACAACUGUUUCCACCACUCAGCUGUGGUUCACAUACACUCACUGAGCACUUUAUUAGGAACACCAACACAAGAGCAUCUGUACAAACAACGCAUCAAACCUCUAAGUAGAUAGGCUACAGCGGCAGCAAAGUUGAGUCUAAAAACAAAGUAAUAAAUCCCUAAUAAAGUGCUCAUUGAGUAUAUAAAGGAUAUUUCAUGCCAUAAUUGUUAACAAAUGCACACAAAAUGUACAUGCUAUACACACAAUAUGAAAUGCCCCCUGGCCAACCUGUAAUGUAUGUUGACUUGUAUUCUGUUUCGAUAUGCAUAUUUAUGGUGGAUAUUCUCCUUGAUACACAAGAAGUCAACUUCCAAAUCAAAGGAUUGCUCUUAAAGUUACAUAUACUGUUUUUAGUCUUAUAGCAUUGAAAAGUACUGUUUUAUGGAUGUUAUUUAACACAAUGCACCAUAUAUAUAUUUUUCAUUAACUCUAUUAUACCAUUAUGGUGAAAGGAUUUAUUGUUUGUUGCAUAAUCAUGGCCUUUAAGAAAAUAUUUUUGGAGGGGCGGGCUUCUUCCCUUUUUCAAAUUAGUGAUAUACUGUAUUAUCUAGAGCUCUAUGUAAUGAUUGAACCUUUUGUUUCAACAUUUUCAUUGUGUGAGCACCAUCAUGUUCUCAUUUAUCAUGUCAAGAUUGUUUUCCCCUCUGACGUAAAAAGCAUGUUGGCAGAAGACUUGAGAAUGUACUGCUACCAGAUCUGUUUUUUGCGUCACCAGUGCUUGGGAAAAUAACAUCUCUCGGCUUCAGAUUUCUUAAUUCUUUAGUGAUUUAGUACAAAAUCUUGUCAGCGGUUGUCAAGCCAAUGAAUUGUGGUGGUGGUGUGUGCUGUACCUCUGUUGUACCAUGGCUUAAUGGUGAAUAACUCAACAGCUUCCUGUUGUGAAAUGAUGCUUUCACACAGGACUGUUUUGUAUUGUCCCUAAUAAUGAUGCAAUAAUAAUGGUAGGGGGUGGUCUGCUUGACAGUGUUACCUGGAAUAUGGCAGCGCUCGUAGCUGAUGUACUGAUCCCUGAACUUCACAACCUCCUGUUUUAUACUGUUACCUGGUAACUUGUCAUUGCCUUUGGCCACUUUCAGAAGCUUCAAAAACAAGCUAUGCUAAUAGUAAUAUUGUGCAAAUAUUGUGAAAAAAUGCCGUUUUUGUUGAAUGACGAAAUUAUUUUGGUUACAAUGUGGUUUUACCAAAACAAAAACAAAAAAACCAUAGUUUGAAAAUUAUGCAUGCAUUACUUAAAUUGCACACGUUACUAUUUGAGACAGAAUUUGAGGUUGCCUUCUCACAUCAAUGCCAUUAAAUCAUUUAUCUUAAAAAAUAAAUAAAAGGAAAAAUAAAAGGAUGUUCCCAUUACAAUGUUACAAGUAUUCAGGGUGGCGGGUGUCAUGACGGUUUGUUUUUAUGUAUCAAGUGGAAGAAAUCAGUGAUGGAUAUGGAUUUAAACUCCCCGUUUUUAACAAAGAAUGUUUGCUGUCAGUGUUAUAAAUCCAAUACCACCGAUUACUUUCAAAUUGUGAAAGUAGCGAUCUCUGUUGCUGUAAAUCAUAAUGCAAUGAGUUGAAAGUUUCUUUAACACUGAAUUCAGAGAAUGGAGAAUACCUAUGAACCAAUACUGUGAGUGAUGCCUAUGGAUGAAGUAUGUUACUGGUGGUUUUCGAGACUUUAGGCUUAAAUGAUACGAAACCUAGGUCAACUAAAAUUAGCUACAAAUUCAUACAAGAAUUAUGUAUAAAUCAGUGUAUUUACAAGAUGGUUGUAAACAUGUUCUAUUUGUUUCUUUUUUUUAUAUGAUGGUUUCUUUUUGUUUCAAGGUUUUUACACUUUAUAUAGUUGAUUUGAUAUUGUUUGCCAGUAAGUCAGUUUUGUCAAUGUGACUGUAAAAGCAUUCAGACAGCACUAUUGUACUUCUGUUCUCUAUUAAAUCAUUCCUAGCAAAUGCA